UACUUGUUCGCGCUCAUCCUCAAUCUAACGCGAGACGCGUAUGAAACCCGUCUGCUGAUGGAGAGAGAGUCCCGCAGCAGUGCAGCUAAAAGCUUUAACUGCAGUCCGUCUCCCCUCACGCUGAGCCCAGAGAACGGAGGAGAGCUCCCUCUGACCCCGUCGCCCUCCUCGGCGCUGUCAGCCGGACUCAUCAAGCAGUUCCAGCUCCUGAUCACGGUGCUGCGCAGCAACCCUCCGCUGCUCCUGGACCUGCUGAAGAACCUGUGUGACGUCUUCAUCCCGCUGGACCGGCUGGGCCUGUACCCCACGGGCUCGGGCUUUGUGGGGGCCUGCGGCCUCACGUCCUCCGUCCUGUCCAUCCUCACUAUAGUUCACCCCUGGCUCAAACUCAAGCCCUGAGUCCCAGGCUGAGAACUACCUGUGCUGUGGCUUUAUUUCUGGAGAGACCCUCUUUUGAGCUUGUGUAGAUCGCGGGAAGGAGAAUGUCUGUCCUUCAUUCCAGUUUAAUUGCACAUUCAAAAGCGUUUCUCCUACAUGUGGAAAAACUAAAACCAAGAUCUGACCUAUUCUAAUUAAAACUUGUAGUUUAAGUCUGAAAAUGUCCUAGUCUUGCUAUAGCUGUAGUUUUCAGUGUGUAAGUGCAAUUCAGCACAGAACAACAAAUGGCAAACUUGCUUUCAGAAUUAUAAUUUUCUCCUGAUGACGAAUCUCUUGAAGAAAUGUCAGGGUUAGAUUUCACCCCAAAAUCAAUGGAAAAUCUGCAUAAAUGUAAUGCAACAAAUAUGUGACCUUUACAAAUGUACAAUUUAAAUAAUUGUAUUUUAGUAAUAAUAUAGCUUUGCUAGAUUCCAAAUGUCACAGCAAAAGAGUAUAUCUUAAACUGCAGCAUUUUAUUGAACAUUAAGCAUUUUUUUGUCAGACUUGCUAAUCAAACAUUGUUGUACAAGGAUACUGCUGAGUUCGGAAACGGUUACUGUUAAAAAUUUACUACUUUAUCCAAUAGAUCCUUUUAAAACCUAUGUCUAUGUUUGAGGCUGUUUCUUGUUUUUCAAUUACUGGAGUUGUGAACCUCUGCAAUUUGUUACCAAACACAUUUCAAAACUAGUAGUUUACAUUUUUGCCGUGAUUAAUACAUUAUCAACCAAAAAAGGAUUUGCGGAAUGGUUAAGAAGUAAUAUGUUAUAAACUGAUAUUUGCUUAAUUGAAUUAAACUACAUCACUGACACAGAGCUAUAAUGCAGUUUUUUGUUUUAUGUGUGUAUACUUGACCUAUCGAGUUUUACGUAACAUAAUCAUAUUUUGAAACUUCUUGAAUGUUAAUGCUAUGCGUCACUGGGGUCGCUGAUGGUGACAUGAUGGAGCUGUGAAUCUAACUUUUGAAAUAAAUAAUG